AUGGACUAUCAUGGACUUAUCGAAGAAAGACCAAAAGCUUAUUUGAACUUCAUUCUGCGAACAAUGGAAUCCAUGUUGGAGACUGUCCCAAAACUUGCAGCACUUCUGUUCGAUCAAGAAACCUUCGUUUCAUUGUCAAAGCAAAGGCAGCAGAAAAUAGAGACAAUCUUAAAGGCAGCAGAAAAUAGAGACAAUCUUGAUCAUUUACAGAAAGCCACCAAGCAGCAGCACCACCAACAACCCCAAACCAAGAAAAGAACGGCUCCUGUUGCUCCAGUAGGGCUAUGGGACAGAUUUCCUACAGCUAGAACAGUACAGCAGAUGAUGGAGACGAUGGAGAGAAUGAUGGAAGACCCUUUUGCCUAUACGGCUACUUGGCCAUCAGAGCCACCAUCACCAGUUGAACGAAGUGGGUAUAGCAGAGGAAGGACUCCAUGGGAGAUAAAAGAAGGAGAAACAGAGUACAAGAUGAGAUUUGACAUGCCUGGAAUGACUAAAGAAGAUGUGAAGGUAUGGGUUGAAGAGAAGAUGUUGGUUUUGAAAGCAGAGAAGGUGCCCGAGAAAAAUAAUGUCAAUGGUGCACAAAAUGGAAUAGAGGAAGAAGAAGAGUGAGGAUGGUCUGCUAAGAGCUAUGGGAAAUAUAGCUGCAGAAUUGCAUUACCUGAAAACAUACAGUUUGAGAAAA